UGGAAUGACGCUAAUUAGGACGGAUCCAGUGGUCAAUGAGGGUGAAGUAUCUGACUCUAAAUCCGCCACCCUGCGCGGAUCUUCAAAUGGUAUCGCGUCUGGUAUUGGUUCUAAUCUAAAUCCUGCCGACCCUGGCUUCCCAAAUCGCAACAAUGGAUCACCAUCUUUGGAAACCUCGCAUUCAGAUUCAAACAAUCAGUUGGCAAUGAAGGCGGUAGUAGUCGCAGGUCAUUCUUCGAAAUGUGUGCCCAACAUCGCCGUCGCCAUUCCAAAGUCCAACGCUGUAGCUGCUUCAGAUACAGAGCCUAGAGAUCCUCCUUCAAGAGCACUUUUUUCCCUUAAUUCUGGGCCUUCUCCAAAAGUGACUGCCAUUAAUAUGAGCGGGCGAUUUCGCCCCACUGUCGUAGAUUCAACUGUUUCGGCGUUGGCUACUACAUGCAAUCCGAACGACUCGGCCACCUCUAGGAUAACCAAUCUUCCCUCCACUCAGACAUCUAGUACUCUCGGGGAUAGUGGAGUACGAGCAACUGCCCGAUCCGCAUCGGUCUCACGCCCUGCCUGGAAGGCUCAGCCCCAUAUUGGAAAAUACAAAUUAAUCCGCACUCUAGGCAGGGGUAACUUUGCCAAGGUCAAAUUGGCACAACAUGUGACUACCGGUCGCGAGGUAGACUUUUCACUAUUAUCUAAUUUGUACAAUCUAAUUUUGCAUUUAUAUUUAUUCUCACUGCAGGUUGGAUUUGGUUUUUAA